CUGCUCCUCCGACCCUCUUUCCCACUCUUCUUUCGUUGUUCAUGCUAUUAAAUAUUAAAUCCUUUUUUUAAUUCCCCGCUGAUUUUCUUCCUUGCAAUUACCCAACAUCGUUUUCCGAUGACCUCCGGCGGUAGCUGCUUCUGGUCGGAGAAGUGAUACCUCCGGCAUGUCUGACAACGACCUUGUCUUCCAGACUUUCCGAGCUCUGGUGGAGAGCGCUGACCGCAAGUUCGCUAGGGUCCGCGACGUGCCAGCCUAUGGGCGUGUUAGCCAGAACCAUUUCUAUCAGAAGGUUUUCAGAGCAUAUACUCGACUUUGGAAGUACCAGCAGGAGAACCGGUCCAAGCUGGUUCAGUGCGGUCUAAAACGCUGGGAAAUCGGCGAGAUCGCCAGCCGAAUCGGGCAGCUUUACUUCGGGCAGUAUAUGAGGAGUAGUGAGUGCAGGUACUUGGUUGAAGCAUAUGUGUUCUAUGAAGCGAUACUCAACAGAAGGUAUUUUGAAGGAUCCGAAGGUUCGCCGAAAGAUCCGGGAAUCAGGUUCAAGGAAUUGAGGUUUUAUGCACGGUUUUUGUUGGUGUCGGUGAUUUUGAACAGAACGGAGAUGGUGAAGCAUCUUAUGGACCGUUUCAUGGCUUUGCUUGACGAUUGUAAGAGCAGCACCCGGGAAACUAACUUAAAGGAAUGGAGGCAAGUGGUGCAAGAAAUUGUCCGCUUUACAAAAGCAGAGAAUGGCUUUGCUAUCAGGCCUUUGCGUUAUUGUGUCAUAACUGAUACUCAUCAGGCUUCUCUUCCAUAUGUAGCUCGUUUUCAUGCUAAGAGGGUUCUAAAAUUUCGAGAUGCCCUGUUGACAAGCUACCAUCGGAAUGAGGUCAAAUUUGCUGAGCUUACAUUAGACACCUACAGAAUGAUGCAAUGUUUAGAAUGGGAGCCUAGUGGACCCUCCUACCAAAAACCUAUUGUUAAACCGAUUGAGAAUGGGGACUCCAUUGAUCAUUCAGGAACUUCUGGGUUGAUAAAUAUGAACCUAGCCGCAGAUAUGACAGAUCCGAAUGUGCCUCCUAAUCCCAGAAAGGCUGUUCUUUAUCGUCCAUCUGUAACACAUCUGAUAGCGGUUAUGGCAGCAAUUUGUGAGGAACUGCCGCCAGAUAGUGUUGUGCUUGUAUAUCUAUCAGCCUCAGGGAAGGCUGGUUAUAAUAAUAUCCAUCAAUUGGAGAAUUCUGGAGGGUCAUCAAAACAUUCGAGGCACAAGGUCCUUUCUCAGACUUCCCAAGAGCAGAGCAGUGGACCUUCUGACUCUCAGAUCAAUGGCAAGAGAGAAUCCAACUCCUACUACGAGAACUAUCUGUGGUUUGGUCCCAAGGGCAUUGAUGCAGGUUCAAACAAUCUUUACCCUGGCGAUCUUAUUCCUUUCACCCGCAAACCUCUUUUCUUCAUUAUUGAUAGUGAUAACAGCCAUGCAUUCAAGGUUUUACGUGGUGCAGAAAGGGGGGAGACAGCUGCUCUUUUUCUUUCACCUUUAUUGCCAGUUUUCAAGAAUCCAUCUGAUGUGCAUUUGCAUAACGGAAGCCAGUUUACGUUCUUCUUGACUGCUCCUCUGUCAGCAUUUUGCCAGAUGGUUGGCCUGUCCCCGAGUGAGGUUGACAAGGAUGUCUAUAAUCAAGCGGAGACCAUUCUUGCUAAUGCCUUUGCUGAGUGGGAAAUAAUUCUAUGCUCAUCAACCACUAACUUGGAUUUAGUAUGGGCUCAAAUGAUAACCGAUCCAUUUUUGCGGCGGCUCAUUUUAAGAUUCAUCUUCUGCCGGUCAGCAAUCUCUUUUUACUGCCCACCUGAAGAAAGUGAGCAGUGUAUGCCGCUCUGCUUGCCUCACCUGCCCACAUCUGUUGCACCGGCUUCUGGAGCCGUUCGUACUGCCGUUGUUCAGAUUGCUACGCACUUCGUAGUGGCUGACUCCUUUCACUUUAGUGAUACCUAAUAUUAGAAAGAAGUUAAAAAAAUUCAUGCUUUGGGCAGGGGAGCCGAGGAUUCUCAGCUUGACAGGGAAAGUUGACAAAAAUACCGGUGGACUUUUAUAGUCAUCAUCACAGGAAGUCCUUGGUGGGGCUUUGGCUGGCACUAGAUGGACCAAAUUUGUUGGUUAUAGGUGCCUCUGCUUGGUCUAUUGCCAUGAUUCAAGUUCGAUUCCUCUGAUCCAUUGGUCUAUGCUGUAUUUGUUGGUUGUUUAUACUUUUGUUCUUAUAGUUGGUCUCGGGUCAGUGCCUGAUGAGUAUUUUUUGGUGUUUGGGCGUGGCAAGCUAAUAUUUAGUUUCAAAUUAUAUGUAUCUGUUCAUAUCAAUGUAAAAGAGGAGUCAGGAAAGUUUUAUUUCCCCCCCUUUUCGAGCAGAAUCGGACGGCACAGAAAUAACAUUGAAGAAAGAAGGAAAUGCAGUGAUGAAUUUCAAGGUGGCAUUGGAUGGUAAAAGAUGCCUCUGAUGAUGUAAAUUGUUGUCAGAAUAUUUUGACUAUUUAUUUUCGUUUAAAAAAUGCAAUAUAAAGUGGCAAAAUUUCUAGACAUAGAUCCGAGUUUCGUUUGUAUGGAGUCCAAGAAAUAAAUAUGAAUAGUAUAAUUUCAUCUAAA